AUGUACACACUUUCUUAUAUUUUAAAAAUAUGUACAAAAGUAACAGAAAAGACACUUAAAAAGACAGAUAUAAAACAAAUAGACAUUUAUAAAAUGAUUGUAGAUACUACACUUACUAGAAGUACAAAAAUAUUAGUUACUAUAAUAAAGAUAUACUGUAAAAAAGCUAAAUAUUUAUUAGAUGAUUCUAAUGAAUUAGUAAUAUUACUUAGUAAUCAAAAGAAAGAAAAGAAAAUAACUGUUAAGAAGAAACAAGAAGAAGAUGUAUACAUAUCUGAUAUUAUAGUACCAGAAUAUUCUUAUGAUAAUACUAUAGAUCUUUCUAUGGAACCUAUAAGAGAAUAUGAAGAUACUAAAGAUAGUACGCUUUUAAAAAGUUUUAAUAUUCCAAUAAAACGGAAGAAAAUAGAAGAUGAGGUGAUAGAAUACGAUAAUAAUUAUUAUAAAGAACAUAUAUGCAAUAUUAAAGGAGGAAUGCCAUUUGCCGGGUGUAAAUAUUUGACACACUUAAAUUUUAAUAUACCUAGUUUUUUUAAUGAUAAAUUAAAAUUGGCUGUAGAAACAAUGAGAGAUGAAACAGCGAUAGAGCAAUAUAAUGAAAUGUCAAUAGAUGAUUACAAUGAUGUAAGCAUGUAUAGUGAGAAUGAGCAGUAUUUAUCACAUGAUAUUACUUAUGAAGAUACAGAGAAAUUCUUAGAUCUUACAGUCCUUCCUCCUUCAUUUAUUUUUAAUGAUCAAAUAGAACAUUUAGACAGAGAAGACAAAGCUAAGCUUUUUUUUGAUUUAUUACGACAGACUUCUUUUGGUAAAAUUGAAGUUAAGCAAGAAUACCCAGAUUCAAAAAUAUUCUGUAAAAUAUUGUAA